UGUUCAGGCCAGCUUUGCGUUCUUCGGUCAAACUCCUCCACCCCACCGCACCAUCGACACUGGUCGCGAGCAGGUUCACAGCCUAUCGGUACCUAUCCCAGGAGGCCAGGUCGUCAAUAGAGCGGGCUGUCAAGGCCAAGCCCAUCGUUCUGUUCAUGAAAGGCACCCCCGACGAGCCCCAGUGUGGCUUCUCACGCGCAACCGUUCAAAUCCUCGAUCUCCAUGGCGUCCCACCCGAGAAGAUGCAAACAUACAACGUCCUUGCUGACCCGGAGCUGAGAAGUGGGAUUAAGGAGUUCUCGGAAUGGCCCACAAUUCCGCAGGUGUAUGUGAACGGCGAAUUCGUUGGGGGAUGUGACAUUUUGAUGGGAAGGCACCAAUCGGGCGAGCUGGAGACUUUGCUCGAAAACAAUGGCGUCAUCCCAAAAAUAGAGGGCGAUGCUUCGUCAACACCGCCAGAAGACGCUUCCAAAGAGAAAACUUCUUCGUAAA